AUGCCGCCAGCUCUCAGGAUUUGGGCUCUGCUGUGUGUGUCGCUGUGCAUCCUGUGUCCGCCGGCUCUUCUGAAAAAGGCUUUCCGAUGCCCUUCAACAUGCAGCUGCUCCAAGGAGUCCAUCAUAUGCGUCGGGUCCUCCAACAUCCCGCGGAUUGCCCCCAACGAGAUCACUUCAUUGAGUAUCGUCAAUGGGACUUUCUCUGAGGUCAGAGAGGCAAUGUUUGCCCACAUUCCCACCCUCCAGCUACUACUUUUGAAUUCGAACUCCCUAACGACUGUAAGAGAUGAUGCCUUCUCAGGCCUUCCACAUCUGGAGUACCUGUUCAUUGAGAGCAACAAGCUGGAGACUACAUCUAAAUAUGCCUUCAGAGGACUCAGGGACUUGACUCACUUGUCUCUGGCAAACAACAACAUUAAAUUCUUACCCAGGGAUGUUUUCAUUGACCUGGACUCACUGAUAGAGCUGGACUUGCGAGGCAACGCCUUUGAGUGCAACUGCAGAGCCAAAUGGCUCAUGAUGUGGCUGAAGAGCACCAACGCCACGGUGUCGGAUGUCGUGUGUGCCGGACCGGAUGACAUGAAGGGCAAGCGCCUCAAUGACAUGAACAGCCUGCACAAUGAGUGCAUAUCAACGGAUUUUGUCCUUCAUCAGUCCGUGGCCUCUGAGUCUCUGUCAGUUGAUACGUUCAGCUUCAAGAAUGAUGUCUAUGUGACUAUUGCUGCUCCCAGCUCAGACAGCUGUAUGGUUUUACAGUGGGACCACAUUGAGAUGAACUUCAGGACGUAUGAUAACAUCACCGGUCAGUCCAUUGUUGGCUGCAAGUCAGUAAUCAUCCAGGAAGAGGUUUAUGUCAUUGUGGCUCAGCUGUUUGGUGGUUCCCACAUUUACAAGUUUGAUGAUGACCAAAGCAGGUUCAACAAGUUCCAGGACACUGAAGUGUCCAAGAUCUCCAAACCCAAUGACAUCGAGGCUUUUCAGAUUGGAACAGACUGGUUCUUUGUCAUCGCAGACAGCUCCAAAGCAGGCUUGUCAACCCUCUACAAGUGGAACGAUAACGGAUUUUACUCAUACCAGUCCCUGCACGAGUGGUUCCGUGACACAGACGCAGAGUUCUUAAACCUAGAUGGGAAGGCUCACCUAAUCUUGGCAAGUCGCUCACAGGUUCCAGUGAUCUACCAGUGGAGCCGUAGCAACCAGAAGUUCAUCCUGCAGGGUGAUAUCCCCAACAUGGAGGACGUGGUAGCUGUGAAACACUUCCGGAUCAAAGAGGAGCUCUAUCUUUCCAUGACCCGCUACAUUGGUGACUCCAAGGUCCUAAAAUGGGGACCCAAACAGUUUUCAGAGAUCCAGGCUGUACCGUCCCGAGGUUCCAUGAUCCUGCAGCCAUUUACAUUCAAGGACCGCCACUACCUGGCUCUGGGAAGUGACUAUACGUUCUCGCAAAUCUAUCUGUGGGAUGAUGAGAAGAAAAUCUUUGACCGCUUCAAGGAAGUGUACAUCCAGGCACCGCGCUCAUUCACCGUGGUCUCCACUGACCGCAGGGACUUUAUAUUUUCAUCGAGCUUCAAGGGAAACACACAGAUCUUUGAACACAUCAUUAUUGACCUGACCUUGUGAGGGGCCGUGCCUUAUUGUCUCUCCUAUAAUCAAAUGUCUUCCAUUCAAAAGAUACCUGAAUAAAACAAAGGAAAAAAACUUGAAGGAAAAAGACUCCGAUAAAUAUAUCACCAUCACGUCAUAACUCAUAUUAAAGCUUGGUGAGUUAUUGACUUGUUCUUAAGAUGCCCUUCUGGAUUCACCCAGAGCUAAAACGACUCUAAAAACCUUUUCUUUUGCUCUUAUUUUUGCCAACUGAGGACAUAGUGGACAUGUUUGCCUCUUUCUUCAGGCCUUCACAGCCUGUGAUGUGCAUUUUGCCGUCCUUUCAGAGAAGAACCUGCAGUGCUCUGAUGGGCUAACAGUGCCUCCUCGUGGCCGUGAUGAAGUAUCACACCUUUUUUUCCUUACAGGGAAUGUCUCAAAAGCACAAACCUUUAACUAUCAUAGCUGAAAUCUUAGAAUGUAGCUGUAUAGUAGAAAUGUUACUGUAGGUGCUAUUGAUUGUACACAGCAAUUUACUAAUAAUAAAAAAGUUAGUAAAUGGUUGUUACGAGAGCUAAUAUUCAGUUUAGGAUCUAUCUGAUUCUACUUCAGAUUAAUUUACUUGGAAAGAGUUGUCCAGGGUUUGUGUGCUGAUCAGGUAAAUUGAGCAUAUUUUCAAUUCUAAACAAAAAAAAAAAGUUUUUUGGUUUGUAAGGUAAGAUUUUUUUGAACCAUCUAAACAAAAAAAAUGUGUGUAAAUAUGUCCAAUGAAACUAAGAGCUUUUUUUUGUUCAUUAUUUUUUCAUUCUUAAAAAAAAUUAAUAUUGACUCCUUACCAGGUGUAUAUAUAGUCAGGACUCCAAUGCCACUACCUGUUCUUAACAGUUCUUUGCACUUACUAACAAAAAUCAGUUGAUUCAGCCUGCAAGAGCAUGACAUUUAAAAAGUCAACUUAUUUUUAGACAAACCUGACAAAGACUUCAAAUGCUUUUAAUAAGAUGAAUGGCAUUGCAAGUAAAUAAAAAAAAAAAUGCAAGCUUUGUAAUUCUUUAGUGAGAUCUAGUUUGAAACUUAUUGAAUGUUUCUGUUAAAAACUGCUGUACAUUCAUUCAGUUGAGUAAUGAAAUAAAAGUGAAAAGAUAUUGUAAA